CUUUUCACACAUUCUGGCACAACAGAGCCUUGGUAGGACUGUGCCAAGCACAGCAUUUUCGUGAACUCGCAAUAGAAAGAAAUAGUUUUUUUUUAGUUUUCAUUUGUUGUUGUGUUUGUCAUUCUAACGGUAACCAGGAAGAAGGUCAAGAUAUUGUUAGUUAACACCUUUAUGGUCGUUGUAUACGUCGUUGCUGGUAAAUAACAAAAAGGAUAUUAAAAUACUCAAUUGCGAAAAAUAUUGAGAUUAUAUCCAAAAUAGCAAAGCCUUCAAUUAAAAAAUUGACAUCGAAAUGACCGAUACAAAAAUGUUUGGUUUGGCAACAACUGCAACAACUAAUACUACCACAACAACCACUUCAUCGGUUAAAUCGGAAAAUAUCAAUCAGUAUGGCCACUCCGGUGGAAGACGUUUUCUCGAAUCAGCAGCACCAACGGGACGGAAGCCGGCAACAAAAAGUUUGACGACGACAACUGCACCCACACAACAACAACAGCAGCAACACAACCAACAGCAAUUAUUACAGAAUAUUGUAAAACCCAAUGAUACCCUCGAGUAUAUAAUCAAAUUUCCGACGCCUCAAUAUCGUAACGAGCAAAAUAAUGGAUUUGAACAGACCGCGGGAGAGGCCGAUGACUUUGUUUUUGUAUAUAAUGAUACACAUGUGCCGAUUGUAAUGCUUUUAGGCUGGGCUGGUUGUCAGGAUCGUUACCUAAUGAAAUAUUCGAAAAUAUAUGAAGAUCGAGGGUUAAUAACGGUCCGCUAUACAGCACCAGUUGACACCCUAUUUUGGAAACGUCGCGAAAUGUUGCCCAUUGGCGAGAAAAUCCUUAAACUAAUCUAUGAUAUGAAUUUCGAUUCUCAUCCCGUUAUAUUUCAUAUAUUCUCAAAUGGUGGUGCCUAUUUGUAUCAACACAUAUCAUUGGCCAUACGCAAACAUAAGACACCGUUACAGGUGCGUGGCAUGAUUUUAGACUCUGCUCCUGGCGAAAGGCGAAUGCUGGGCUUGUAUCGUGCCGUCACUGCUAUUUAUGGUAAAGAGCGCAAGAAGUGUCAUUGCGUUACUGCAAUUAUAAUAACCUUAACACUGGGCAUAAUGUGGUUUUUCGAGGAAACAUAUUUUGCAUUUAAGAGCCUUUUCCGUAAAACCGAGCCAAUUCAAACAAAUCCUUUCAAUGAUUUAAAAAAUGAACCAAAUGAAUAUCCUCAGCUGUUUUUAUACUCCAAAGGCGAUGUUGUUAUACCCCAUACGGAUAUAGAAAACUUCAUUUCUUAUCGAAGGCAACAAGGCGUGGAUGUGAGCUCUGUCUGUUUUGAGGAUGCUGAACAUGUGAAAAUCUAUACCAAAUAUCCAACACAGUACAUACAAUGCGUUUGUAGUUUCAUCAACAAUUGUCUAGCGACACCAUUCAAACCGCCAAUGGAAACCUUCAAUAGCGCCUCAACAACUCCUUCGUCGACUUCAAUGAAAUAUGAAUAAAAUUUUAAAACAACAUGCCUACAAGUGUGGUGAUAAAUUUACAUAGUAUCCUAUUUGAAAAAAGGUUUGAGCGUUUUUUCAAUUUUAAUUAAACAAAACAAAAAAGAAAAGACAGUCGAAAAAGAGUUUCUUUUAUUUCCUUUGAGCUAAAAUAAACCAAGCAAAAAAUGUAAAUCACAAAAAAUUAUUAUUUUCCUAACUAAGGAUUGUUGAGAAAUAAAAAGUAUAAAUGGAGAA